AUCUCACCCACCUCCCUCACUGCGUCCGGCGCUGCUUUCACGACCACCUGCUGCGCAUUCCUCCGCACCACCAUCGCCGCCGGCCUCGCACCUCGCGCCUGCUGAUCAGUGCCGCGCGUCCACGUCACUCCGCCCGUCAGCGCGCACGGACGCGACACGGAGCCGUACGGUCCCACCAAGGUCCCACCAGCGCUCUGAUCCGCAUCCGCCGCGGGCUCGGCACUCUUGCUUCAGCACCACCACAAGCUACGCUCCAUCAUGCUGGACCAGAACCCGCUCUCGCGCGCCUGGGCCGCGCUGACGACGCACACGCCGCUGCACACGCUCGUGUACGCCAUCGUCGGCGUGUAUCUCGCGCGCUUCGUCUACACGACGUUCCUCUAUGCGCGCUUCUUCUCGCCGCUGCGCAAGAUGCCCGGCCCCAGCUACGGGCACUGGCUGCUGGGACGCCUCCCGGAGGUCGUCACGGGCGAGGCGGGCUCGGCGGUGACGGCCUGGACGGAGCAGUACGGACGCAGCAUCCGCUUCAUGGGCAUGCUCGGUGUUGAGCGCGUGUGCUUUCUCAACUAUAAAGACCUCAAGCAGAUUCUCGUCGACGAGCCGUACAGGUUCCCCAAGCCCAAGUGGGCAGCUCACUUGUUGGGAGUAACCGCCGGCUACGGUCUCCUGACGCUCGAAAAUGCAGAGCAUUCGGCGCUGCGGCGCUUCAUGAACCCGGCGUUCGCCUUCAAGUACCUCGAGAUGCAGUUCCCGCUCUACCUCGGCCCCGUCAACGGCUUGAUCGAAAUCUACAAGGACAAACUCAAGGAGGCGGGCGACCCGGAGGAGGGCACAGUCAUCGAGCUCACGCACGGCGUCAACGCCUGCCUCCUGGACAUCAUCUGCUCCACCGCAUUUGGAUACGAGACGGAUCACCUGCACAACCCGCACGAGCCGCUCGGCGAGAGCUACGAGACGCUGGUCAAUUUGCAGAACGGUUUCAAUAUGGGCCGUAUCAUAGCCAUCCUUGGCCUGCCUUUUGGGCCGCAGGUCGUGCAGUGGGCGGUGAAGCAGGAAUGGACGGGCAAGGGCGCCAUGGCCCUCGUGCACAAGCUCGGCCUCGGCAAGGGCUUCUCCGAAUUGGGCCUCUUCUUGACGCACAUGUACCGCGUCAACAAGAUCAGCCGCGAGAUGCUCGAGACCAAGCUGGCCGAGGCCAAGAAGCUGCGCGAGGCGGGCCAGACGGACCUCGACUCUGGCAAGAUCGACAUUCUCUCGCUCUUGGCCAAGGCAUCCCUCGACGAGAACUCGCCCUACAAGAUGGACCAGAAGCUGCUCGAGGCGCAGGUGCUGACCUUCCUCGGCGCUGGUCACGAGACGACGGCGAGCGGUAUGGCGUGGGCGAUGUGGGAGCUUGCGAACCACCAGGACGUGCAGGCGAAGCUGCGCGCCGAGUGCCAGGAGAUCCUGAGUGUCUCUGCCGAGCCGACCUACGCUCAGAUCAAAGACGCAAAGUAUCUGCACAACUUCGUCAUGGAGGUGAUGCGGCUGCGUCCGCCGACGCCGCAAACGGCGCGCGUCGCUAGUGUGGACUCAACCAUCGGCGGCCGCUUCAUCCCGCGCGGAACCGAGAUCUACAUCCCAAACCUGACCAUCAACACUCAGAAGGACGUCUGGGGCGACGACGCCAAGGAGUUCAGGCCGGAGCGCUGGGACGACUUGCCGAAGGAGUACAACAGCAGCAUGUCCCUGCUCACCUUCAUCGUCGGCGCGCACUCGUGCCCGGGCCGCAACAUGGCCGUGCACGAGCUCAAGGUGCUGUGCUGCAUGAUGGUCGCAAACUUCGAGCUGCACAAGACGUCGCCGGACCAGACUGUCAAGAGCGUCGCCGCCAUCACUUGGAAGCCCGAUGGGGGCCUCUCCUUGAGGCUCAAACGCACGACGUGGAGCUCCUAGGGAACGUCUGCGACGCUGUCCUGUUGCACAUGUCUUCCCACACCUGCUAUGUCGGCAACGGCACAUGUAUUCCUACGGCUGUCCCACCAGUGCAAUCGUGAGCACGCCCCACAUC